AUGGCGGUGCUGUUCAGCCUACCGCUGUCGACGCUGCGUCCGCGAACGACGCUGCGACCUCUCGCCACGCUGGCGAGGGCAGCGCCGAUCGUGCCUGCGAUCAAGCUGCCGCAUGGACUGACGCACCAGACGCCACUCGUCGAGUCGCUCCCGCUCUCGGCCGCCACCGGCUGCCAAGUGCUGCUCAAGAUGGACGCGCUGCAGCCGAGCGGCUCCUUCAAGGACCGCGGGAUGGCCUACAUGUGCGCAGCGCUGCAGUCGCGUGGUGUCACCGACCUCAUCUCCUCCUCCGGCGGCAACGCUGGCCUCGCCGCCUCUGCCGCCGGCCGCAAGCUAGGCAUGCGCGUCCGGGUGGUCGUGCCGACGACCACAAAGCCAAUCAUGAUUGAAAAGAUGCGCGCGCACGGAGCCGAGGUGGAGGUGCACGGCGCCAACUGGAACGCGGCGGACGAACUCGCUCGAGAGCUCGUCGGCGCGUCGGGCGGGGCGGCUGCGUACGUGCCGCCGUACGACGACCCGCUGCUGUGGGAGGGCCACUCGCACGGCUGGAGCGAGACGACGGUGCUCACCGCGGAGACGGACGGGGCGGCCUGCUUCGCAAAGGCGCUCGCCGCCGGGGAGCCGGUCACCCUCGCCGGCAUCACUUCGGGGCCUCUGACCUGCAGGCGCGCUGUCCGCCUCGAGCUCGGCCGUCCAGAUGGCGCGAGACGACCAGCCGACGGAGGCGCGCAGGGCAGUAGGGAGAGAGGCGCAGACGGGUGGCAGCGGUGUCACGUGGCGUACACCGUCUCCGACGCCGAGGCGGUCGGCGCGUGCGCUUCGCUCCUCGACGACCACCGCGUGCUCGUCGAGCCGGCCUGCGGCGCGGCACUCGCGCUCGCCUACUCGCCGCGGCAGCGCGAGGCGCUGCGGCGCUUCGAGACGGUCGUGGUCGUCGUCUGCGGGGGCGGGGGCGUCACGCACGAGAUCCUCUCGCAGUGGAAGGCUGACCUGCUCUAG